AAAACACUUUGACAAAAUGUGAAGAUCCAGGGGCGUGACUGUCAGGCAGUGUAGGAAUACAUAAACAACAAAUGGCCUUUAGAAAUCAGUUUACCUAAGAUGAGCAGUUUCUAGAUGUAUUGUUUUGGAGGAUACAUUUAAGAACAAACACGUGAUUCUCUGCUCAGAACUAUGAUUUUUCUACAGAGGAUAAAUGAGUGAAACAGCUGAGUUUUUCCAUAAUUGCAUUAAGUCCAUAAUUUCCAGCCAUCUGCCCAAGAGGCUCAAAACUACCCAACGUUCCCUGGACAUUCCAGCUUAAUGGACACCGAAAGAGAGAUGCAAUAAUGAAUCACAUUAAAAGUAAUCUCAUUUUCUUCUGUCUUUCCUUCUCAUUUAGGUUUUACUGGUGCUGCUGUUGAACCAGCCAUGAUCCUCAACGCCUCAGAGCUGCCCUGGGAGGAGUCCUCGGGUCUGGAACCUUUCUUCCCGCUGGACCACCAGGAAAGCUCCACUCAACCCGAGCUCCCACCCCUCACCGUCUGGGGCGUGGCCCUCUGCAUUUCAGGGACUCUCAUUGCCACCGAGAACGCCAUUGUGGUGACCACCAUCUUGGCCACCCCAUCUCUCCGCGCCCCGGUCUUCCUGCUGCUGGCCAGCCUCGGCCUGGCGGACCUCCUGGCAGGCGUGGCCCUCAUCCUGCACUUCCUCUUCCGGUUCUGCGUGGAGCCCAGCGAUUGGUCUGACCUGCUGACCUCGGGGCUGCUGGUGACCUCCCUGACGGCCUCCCUUUGCAGCCUCAUGGGCGUCGCCCUGGACAGAUACCUGUCGCUGAGCCACGCACUCACCUACGGCUCGGGCCAGUCGCGGCGCAGGGCCGCCACCCUUCUUCUGCUGGUCUGGUUGGGCGCUUGUGCCAUUGGCGCAGGACCCGCCAUGGGAUGGCACUGCCUUGAGGAGGCAAGCUCCUGUUCUGUAGCACGACCUCUGACCCGCACCUAUCUCUCCCUGCUGUGUGGUGGCUUCCUGAUGGUUGUAGUUGUGACGCUGCAGCUGUACGUGGGGAUCUGCCGCGUUGCGAGGCGGCAUGCCCACGCCAUUGCAACCCAGAGGCACUUCCUGCCCACCAACCAGCCGUACCCAAGCAGACACAGCAGUGGGAAAGGCUUCUCCCGCCUGAUCCUGGUCCUGAGUGUGUUUGUGGGCUGCUGGAUGCCCUUUUCCCUCUGGGGGCUGCUGGGAGACGCGUCCAGCCCUCCCCUGUACACCUACGCCACCUUGGUGCCGGCGGCCGGCAGCUCCCUGCUCAACCCCAUCCUCUACAGCCUGAGAAACAAAGACAUUCGGAAGGUGCUGCUCCACGCCUGCUGCCCACACAGAUCCUCGAACACCACGCGCACCCACUACCCAGUCGACGUGUGAGAUCAGUCAGAGCAGCACUCAAUCUAUGCCAGACAUAUCGUUGUGUAAUGUGCCAAAAACUCAAAAGUGUCGUAAACGUUCAAAGAGUGGAAAAACUUUUCCCUCCACUGAGUGAAACACGCCUACACGCCCAAGCAGCAUUUUUUUUUUUUUCCAGAGCUGAAGUCCUCCAAAUCAGAAUGUACUGAAUAGUGCUGGCCGGCGGCCAGCUCGGUACUAGAUGUACUGUCCGGUGUCUACUUUGUGCCUCAGACGACUGUAGCUCUGCUGGAUCUCCAGAAUCAAACAAUCAGAGGGACGCUGCGAGUUUGGGCCACAUCAGUGUGAGCACUUUAAGAGGAGAGGGAGCGCUGGGUCUUUAACACCUCGUGGUGUGAAAACGUGUGAUCCAAAGCCCAGUUUUAAUUACUUGAAACGUGUGAGAAACAAGCGGGAAUAUAUUUUUGCACAUGCUGAUAAAAGCACUUUGAGAUGUACUGACCGUAUGUUUGUUUUUUUUGUUUCUUUUUGUUGCACAACCUUUUGGAGAUGGAUGAAUGUUUUAUACUGAUGAAUAAUAAAUAAGUCUUUUUUUCUACUGUA